AUAUGUCUUCAGGUAAAUGCUUAGCGUGUUGUGGUGAAAAGUUUUGAUUGAAUUUACACAGUUGUUGCUGCUGUCCUGCAUGUAGAGAUGCCUGCAGCCACGACAGACUUCAAGUCAGCACUAGAUGCAUUUAAGUAUUUGGGCGACAAUGUGGACGGUUUGGGAGAGGUCGGCGCCCGUGAAGAGGAAAUAGAUUUCCUCAGAGAUGUCCUUAAUGAUUUCAAGUUGAUUUCGCUAGUCAAGGCACAUGAAGCAAUAGAUACCGGACACCGGCCGGGUGAACUGUCGGCAGUUCUCGUCACCCAGGACGUGCUGGAUUCCGUGGCCGAUGACGCCCACACAAACACCCAUGUCGCCGAACUCCAGGACAUCUUCGAUAAUCCACACGUUCAGGCGCUGCUGGUUUCCCAUGACGAUAUCAAGGACAAGAAGUACCUGGAGGAGGAUGAAGUGUUCAACCAGCAGAUCGACGAGCCGCCCGCCCAGGACUUCAACAUCGUCAAGGAGCAGAACCGCUUCGUGAGGAUCCGCAAGUCUCACACGGAGCCACUGGGAAUCACCGUGAAGCUGGAUGAAGCUGGAGAUUUAGUUGUGGCUCGAAUACUUGCCGGAAGUCUUAUUGACAAACAAGGCUUACUUCGAAUUAACGACAUAAUUCGAGAAGUGAACGGCAUUUCUGUCAUGACCCCCGAAGAGCUGAUGAUAAGAAUAGAUCAGUCGGAUCCUGAAAUCACUCUUAAGAUAGUUCCGUCACACACAGAUUUUAGAAGUACUGGUGCAUUUUGUGAAUGUGCCUACCCCCACGAUCCUUCCCAGCCCUGCACACCAUCGACCAUGCAAAAAGAAAAGUUGUAUAUGAAAGCUCAUUUCAACUACGACCCAAUGAAAGACCGAAUCAUUCCCUGCAAAGACGCGGGUCUUCCAUUCCAAGAUGGCGACAUUCUGGAAAUCAUUUCAACAAAAGAUCCCAGUUUCUGGCAGGCCAGGCAUGCUGAUACUAACGGCCCGACAGGCCUCGUUCCAUCCAAGGCACUGGAGGAGAAACGACGAUCCUUUGUCCAGCCAGACUGUGACUACUCUAAAGGAAGUUUGUUUUGUGGCUUGAAGAGGAGGAAGAAGAAGAAGAUUAAAUACAGUAGUAAUGAGAGUCAAGAUUUUGACAACUGUGACAUCAUGGUGUACGAGGAGGUGAAGAGAAUGAUUCCGUUUCCGAGGAAAAUCCUGGUACUGGUCGGUGCCCAGGGGGUUGGCCGACGCUCGCUCAAGGAAAAGCUGAUACGUGACGAGCCAACCAAAUAUGCUGCAGCCAUGCCACAUACUUCACGACCACCGAGAGAAGGGGAAAGGGACGGACAGGGAUACUACUUCGUUGACAGAGAGACUAUGGAACACGAUCAGGAGUUGAACAAAUUUAUCGAGUUUGGCGAGUUUAACGGCAAUUUGUACGGCACCAAGAUAGACACAGUUUACGAGGUCGUUAAGUCAGGCAAGAUGUGUGUGCUUGACGUUAACCCUACAUCUCUAAAACUGUUGAAAACGACCGAGUUUAUGCCCUAUAUCGUGUUCAUCGCUGCCCCAAGUGUUGAAGCGCUCAAGGUCAUGUAUGAAGAAGGGAAAAAGGCCAGAAUGAUGGGCCGCGGAAACAGGGAGCGGCUUGGUGUUAAUGCAAUUGAAGAGAAAUGCGAAGAAGACUUUAUUCAGACGGUACAGGAGAGUGCGGAGAUCGAGACUGUAUACAAAGGCUACUUUGACGAGACGAUCGUAAACGACUCGUUUAUCGAGACCUACCACCUACUGCGGAAAGCCGUGAGAGAACUGACGUCCCAGGAGAAGUGGGUGCCGGUCAGCAUGGUGUACUAGACUGGUGCUCUUACUGUGUCAUUCAUUCGGACUGGCACUCCCUACUACUAAAGUCUUAAGUAAAUCUGAGUAAAGCAUUGUAUACUAGACUGAUAUUCUUACUGUGUCAUUCAGUCGGACUGGCACUCCCUACUACUAAAGUCUUAAAUAAAUCUGAGUAAAGCAUUGUAUACUAGACUGAUAUUCUUACUGUGUCAUUCAGUCGGACUGGCACUCCCUACUACUAAAGUCUUAAAUAAAUCUGAGUAAAGCAUUGUAUACUAGACUGGUGCUCUUACUGUGUCAUUCAGUCAGACUGGCACUCCCUACUACUAAAGUCUUAAAUAAAUCUGAGUAAAGCAUUGUAUACUAGACUGAUAUUCCUACUGAUAUCCUAUGCUGUAAGUAAAAAUGAAUACAAGUAUGCCUUCAGUUAAAAUGAAAAAGAAAUUAAAAUAAAGUUUAUCCCCAACUGUUAAUGUUUAUGAAACACAACUACUUUACAGAGCUGUAAUGCUGUUAUAAAUGAUAGAAUUGUUGUCAUUUAGGAAGUUUGUUGCAUUGGUUCGUUCCAUCCAGUUUGUUAGCAUUUUAUUGCUGUUAUGUCUGGCUGAAUAUACAAAUGGUGAAAAACCUGACCAAAAUUAAUAUACAUAUAUUGUUUUCAAAAUAGUUACUUCUGGCAUGUACAGAUACUUCAGCCGUUUAAAUAUAAAUACAUUUGGUGCCUCUUCAUUAGUGAUAAUAUGUUAAAAAAUAUAUU